AUGUGUUUGACUGGGGAGCACCAGUCUCUGCCUUCCAUGGACUGUGUUCUAGUGGACUGUGAUCCAGUGGACUGUGUUCCAGUGGACUGUGAUCCAGUGGACUGUAUUCUAGUGGACUGUGUUCUAGUGGACUGUGUUCCAGUGGACUGUGAUCCAGUGGACUGUAUUCUAGUGGACUGUGAUCCAGUGGACUGUGAUCCAGUGGACUGUGUUCAAUUGGACUGUGAUCUAGUGGACUGUGUUCUAGUGGACUGUGUUCCAGUGGACUGUGUUCUAGUGGACUGUAUUCUAGUGGACUGUGAUCCAGUGGACUGUGAUCCAGUGGACUGUAUUCUAGUGGACUGUGAUCCAGUGGACUGUGAUCCAGUGGACUGUAUUCUAGUGGACUGUGAUCCAGUGGACUGUGUUCUAGUGGACUGUGAUCCAGUGGACUGUGUUCUAGUGGACUGUGAUCCAGUGGACUGUAUUCUAGUGGACUGUGAUCCAGUGGACUGUAUUCUAGUGGACUGUGAUCCAGUGGACUGUGUUCUAGUGGACUGUGUUCCAGUGGACUGUGUUCCAGUGGACUGUGAUCCAGUGGACUGUAUUCUAGUGGACUGUGAUCCAGUGGACUGUGUUCUAGUGGACUGUGAUCCAGUGGACUGUGUUCUAGUGGACUGUGAUCCAGUGGACUGUAUUCUAGUGGACUGUGAUCCAGUGGACUGUGAUCCAGUGGACUGUGUUCUAGUGGACUGUGAUCUAGUGGACUGUGUUCUAGUGAGCUGUGUUCCAGUGGACUGUGUUCUAGUGGACUGUAUUCUAGUGGACUGUGAUCCAGUGGACUGUGAUCCAGUGGACUGUAUUCUAGUGGACUGUGAUCCAGUGGACUGUGAUCCAGUGGACUGUAUUCUAGUGGACUGUGAUCCAGUGGACUGUGUUCUAGUGGACUGUGAUCCAGUGGACUGUGUUCUAGUGGACUGUGAUCCAGUGGACUGUAUUCUAGUGGACUGUGAUCCAGUGGACUGUAUUCUAGUGGACUGUGAUCCAGUGGACUGUGUUCUAGUGGACUGUGUUCCAUUGGACUGUGUUCCAGUGGACUGUGAUCCAGUGGACUGUAUUCUAGUGGACUGUGAUCCAGUGGACUGUGUUCUAGUGGACUGUGAUCCAGUGGACUGUGUUCUAGUGGACUGUGAUCCAGUGGACUGUGAUCCAGUGGACUGUGUUCCAGUGGACUGUGAUCCAGUGGACUGUGUUCUAGUGGACUGUGUUUUAGUGGACUGUGAUCCAGUGGACUGUGAUCCAGUGGACUGUGAUCCAGUGGACUGUGUUCCAGUGGACUGUGUUCCAGUGGACUGUGGUCCAGUGGACUGUGUUCCAGUGGACUUGGACUGUGUUCCAGUGGACUGUGGUCCAGUGGAUUGUGUUCCAGUGGACUGUGAUCCAGUGAACUGUGAUCCAGUGGACUAUGAUCCAGUGGACUGUGAUCCAGUGGACUGUGAUCCAGUGGACUGUGAUCCAGUGGACUGUGCUCCAGUGGACUGUGAUCCAGUGCUUUAG